AUGCGCACCUCGUCUCGUAAACGCACGCACUCGUCCGACGACACAAACUCGGACGAUGACGCGCCUUCUACUCCCGCACAAGUACAGCGCUACCCGCGCUCGGCGACUACGACGCCCCCGCUGCCGAGCACACAUGCCCGCAAACGCUUUCGGGCCAGCGGUCUAGAGGGCACUCUAGCGAAACUGUCGCUUACGCCGCCACAACCCCCCGCGCCGAGGUUGUACCCGCAUAAUAUACCGGACAUCGACCGGUCGCAGUCGUCUUCUUAUGGCGACGAUCUAGAAAUGGCCGUAGAAGACGUGCCACAGGCGCAACAUCCGCCGAGUACACAUUCGUUCGCAGCGCCUUUGCCUCCUGAAGGCGCCUACGAAAGCCAGGGCGAGGGCGAGAUGUUGAGAAACGGUUCGGUCGAAGAAUACGAACCCGUACCCGAAAUCCGUAUGCACGCCACGUCGUGGUACGAGCCCACACCAGACCGAAUCAUCGUGACGGACCUCGACGGCUCGGACGCGGACGACGAGCGCGAGGCGGAGUCCGAGCCGGUUGUACUGCCUUCUGCGCUGGAGAUGUUGCAGAAAAGAAUUGGGGCGCCGGUGUUGCCGCGCGUGAGCGGGGAGGACGAGGCGAGGAGGCUGGCGCUUGUGCCGUUUAGGCCGCCGGUGUUUGGCGCGCUGCCGGGGUUGGGGUUUGAGGAUCAGGCGCCGGUGGUGAGGGGGGUUGUUGAGGAGGAAGAUGAUGAUGGGGAUGUUGUUGGGGGCAGGAGAGGGACGGGGGAGGUGGAGGUGGAUGGAGGGGCGUUGGCGGAUGAGGAGGAUGGGAUGGAUGUUGAGCCUAUGGAUGUCGAGUUGUGA